AUGGAACUCCACGCGCCGGACGCGGUGUGCCCUGUGCCGCACGCAGAGUCGCAGCCUUUGCCGCCAGGGCACCCCCCGGUGCUAGAGGCGAAGCCGUCGUCGCUGCAGCCGCCGACCGGCGAGCACUGCAUUUUCUUCCGCCAGCCGGAGGAGAAACUAACCGAGGUCGAGGACGUGCCGACGCCGGACGCGGCCGACGUCAACGCCGCGCAGCAGGCCGUUUCGCCGGACUAUUUACUGGUGCUCGCGAGCCGCACGAGCGCCUUGGCCGUGUGUCAGGCCGAACAUGUGCAGGCGAUGCUCGAGGCGCGCUACGGCGAGUCGUCGCCGGUGUUUGCGAAUAAUGUCCCGAGCGAGCUGCAAACAGAUGUGGACGCGAUCCGCAGCCGCCUCGCCGAGAUCUCGCCGGAUCCGUGCGCGCUGCAGCCCUUUUCCUUCCCGGCGCGCACGAUGCGCACGGCAGGCGACGUAAACCUCCGUUCGCCGCUCUACGUGAUCGGCGGCGAGGGCCGUGCGAUCUGGACCAAGGAGCUAGAGGUGGCACUCGCUGCCGGUGGCGUCGAUGCGAUCGUGCACAGUCUCAAGGACGUGCCGACGACGCUCCCCAAGAACCUCGAGCUCGCGGCGAUCCUCGAGCGCGAAGACCCCCGCGAUGCGCUCGUCGUCAAGGCCGACCUGCCUUAUACGUCCCUGGACGAGAUGCCCAAGGGAUCGGUGAUUGGCACCUCGUCGGUGCGUCGCGUGGCGCUCCUCCGCCGCGCGUAUCCCCACCUGAUGUUUAGCGAUGUGCGUGGCAAUAUCCAGACGCGCCUCGCCAAGCUCGACGCCGACCAAGGACCGUACACGGCGCUGGUCCUCGCGGCAGCGGGCCUCAAGCGCAUGGACCUCGCCGGGCGCAUUACAUCCUAUCUCACGGCGCCCGUCAUGCUCCACGCCGUCGGCCAAGGCUCGCUCGGUGUCGAGGUGCGUACGCCGCAAAACUCGCCGCGCGACGAGCGUGUGCGGCGCCUGAUUCAAAGCAUCGGCGACUGGCGGGCGACAUGGCGGUGCUCGGCAGAGCGCGCGCUGCUGCACCGCAUGGAAGGCGGGUGCUCGAUUCCCCUGGGUGUCGCCACCUCAUUUAGUGAUCACAACCAGAUCGAGGCGGUGCGCAACGAGCCAAGCGCCACGCCGGCGCAACUCCAGGCGCAGGGCAAGGCGGCCAGUGCGCCGCGCGACAUUUCCUUCCGCGUACCCCCGCCAGAGGGCCGCGAGCUUACGCUGCGUGCGGUGAUUGUGUCGCUCGACGGCUCGCGCAGCUGCGAGCACGCCGAGACCAAGCUGUGCAAGACGCUCGAGGACGCCGUAGCGCUCGGUAUCCAGGUCGCCGACGACCUCGAGCACCGCCAGGGCGCACGCGAGAUCCUCGACGAGGUCGAGCACCACCGCCGCCUUGCCGAGCAGGCCGACGAAAAGCGCCGGGCGCAGCCACAAAGCGCGAACCACGCCGCAGAGAUCGAUCGUCGCGGCGAGCCGCGCACCGACGGCGAGCCCAAGGUGUGGGAAGUCUAA